CCUGGAUAUUAGCCUGAUAAUACAGCUCGAUGUGCGACUUUUAUUGAAAUAGAUCAACCUCUCUGUACCAGCGAAGGAUUUCAAGUUCGACAACGCAAUACGUUGCCGACGUUUGAACUGUAAUUCAAGCUGAAAUCGGAAGAAUUCUGAUUGCUGUUCUGAACCGGAAGUGUAGUCGUAGCCUUGCGAUUAAUGGCAUUUUAUCGUUUGCAUAAUUAAUAAGGAUGCCUGUUUACGCACGAAUAUGUAUUUAAAGUGUCACAUCUAUGUAUGACUACAUUGUUGCAUAGUUGAACUACGAAGUUUUACAGCAAGACGUGCGUGCGAGUUUGACUAUUGUUUAUUUUGAUUAAAAAAAUCCGAAAUGUCGACUGCUGUUUCCCAAAAUCCUGGAAAUGAGUUGGCACUAGCGCCGAUGCCACCUCCUGGUAGUCCUCACCAAAACACAUCUAGAUCUGACUCGAGACAUUCCACACCAAGAAUGACCAAAGUAAAGGUAGUUUUAACAGAUGAAGACAGAGAAGAAAGUCCCCUACCUGAACUAAAGUCUAGCGAGAUGACUGUGGACAGGACCAAACCAUUGCCCACAUCACUACAAAGUGAAUUCAUACCAGAGGAUAUAUUAAAUACAUUAACUCAGCUACCUCAGAGUAAUCAAGAUCAGUUAGGUCCACCACUGAGAACAAAAGUCAUAACUUACAGGGUAUGUCAUGUGUUAGCUGUCCAUAGCUAA